GGUGGCUAAGGGAGGCGGGCGGCGAGCGGGGCACGGGCGGCGGAGCUUGAGAGCGGGGGGCGCGGCGGGGACGGGGGGCGCCGCCCCCCCUCGGAGCCGCUGCCCCCGCGCCGCCGCGAUCCCGGAGGCACAAGAGAGAGCGGGGGAACGAGGAGCAGGAGGAAGGAGGGAGAAAAGGAGAGGAAAGGAGAAAAAGAAAAAGGGGGGGGGGAGGGGGGCAGCGUUUAAAUCCCUUCCCCCGCUCCUCUCCUCCUCCAUUCCUCCCUUCAUUCGACCUCCCCUCCGGAGCCGCCGUGCCCACUGGAGUCGUGUUGCCUUGCUGGUGUAAUCUAUCCCUUCCAGCAGACCUGCUCUUGCCCACCUCAGUCUCCCUCAGAACAGUGGAAGGGGGCUGCAAAGCAAUAAAACUUUAUGUUUUCAUCAAGCCGUGCCAAGGAGAAUGGGGGUCCCACACCCAAAAGAAUGAAGACACGACAGAACAAGGACUCGAUGUCUAUGCGGAGUGGACGGAAGAAAGAGACUCCAGGGCCCCGAGAGGAGCUCAGAUCACGGGGUCGAGCUUCCCCCAGUGGUGUAAGCACCUCCAGCAGUGAUGGCAAAGCUGAGAAAUCCCGACAAGCAACAAAGAAAGGCCGGGUGGAGGAAUCCUGUACCCCCAAGGGCAGCAAGCAGGGCCGAACAGAAGAGAUCUCUGAAAGUGAAGGGGAGGACAGCAGUGCUCCUAAAAAGACUAAAACUGAGGAAUUACCCUGUCCUCCAUCCCCUUCUGACGUUGACAGCCUCGAUGGCCACAGCUUCAAUGAUGAGAUGAGCAGCGACCCACGGGACAUCGACCAGGAUAACAGGAGCACCUCACCCAGCGUCUACAGCCCUGGCAGUGUGGAGAAUGACUCCGACUCCUCCUCUGUGCUGUCCCAGGGCCCAUCCCUUUCUUACCACCACCCUCCGCUUUUCCCCCAGAGCCCUCCAGUCGCCCCCACUUCCGACAGCUUGUCCCGUCCAACUGAGCCUGGCUUCAGUCUCCCAGGCGAGACCCACCCCCAAGGCCCCACGGCUGGUGGCUACCACUCCCAGCUGGAGGGCCAGGCCUCCCGCAUUUUCCAGGCUCCAGCCCCACAGACACCUGCCUCCUCUUCUUCUGCCGUUGCCACCACUUCUGCCCCCUGCUCUUCUUCCUCCUCCUCUUCUUCCACUUCCACCCAUGCUCCUCUCUAUCCUACGGCCAACGUGGUUCAAGUUGGUUCCAAAAUUGCUGGUGGGGCAGGGGGCCUUUCAGCAGUGGGGAGUCGCGAGCAGACCCUCGGCGCGAAGCACAAUCCACCACCCACCACUCCCAUCUCACUGGCAUCGGUGGUUGGGGGGCUGCCCCCUCAGAAGACCUCCCCGGCCAACCCACCGCCUGCCCCCCCAGCCUCCGCGCCUUCCUUCCCGCACGUCUCAGCCAACCUGCCACCCCCACCGGCCCUACGCCCACUGAACAACGUGGCAGCCUCCUCCAGUUCCCCAGGGAUGGCGGGGCAGGCCUUGAGCGGGCACUUGGCAUCACCCCACGGGAUGGGCCAGGACAAGGCACAGCCCCUGGCCCCCUCACGCUACCCCUAUGCACCUCCGCAGCUGCCACCCUCGAGCACUUCUGCUCAGUACCCACAGCCCUCCCCCACCCAGCCCCUGCCCAGUUACACUGCCUCCUAUGGGCACUCCUUCCCCCCGCCCAGCGGCCUUUCGGUGUCCAGCCAGCCCCCCAAGUACACCCAGCCCUCCCUACCCUCACAGCCUGUAUGGAGCCAGGCCCCUCCUCCCUACAACCGCCCCCUGGGCAAUUCCAGCUCCCAUCUCCCAGCCUCCUUCCCUGGUCAGUCUCCUCAUCACCAGCAACCACCCCAGCAGCACCACCAUGGCCACAGCACUGGUGGGGGGGUCUCCCCAGCUGUAGCAGCGCCCCCCCCACAGCCCCCUGGGGGUUAUCCCCAUGCCCUGGAGUCCAACAGCCAUCACCCAUCUCAUGCCACAUAUGGGUUGCGCCUCUACCCCCCCCACAGCCAGGCCACUUACAGCCAGGCUCCCUCAGCUGCUACAGCCCCUUCCUCCUCCUCCUCCUGUUCCUCCUCCUCUUCCUCUUCCUCCUCCUCCUCCACCUCUUCCCAGGGAAGCUACCCUUCCAUAUGUGCUCAUCCCCCAGGGCAGAGUCCUGCCACCUACACCUUCCCCCCGCCGCCACCCCCCUCCCCAGCCCACGGGGCUGGCCCUCCAGUCACCUCUGCAGCCACCACCGUCUCUACUGUCAUCACCACCAUGGCCUCCCCAUCUGCGGCCCCCUACAAGACCGUCUCGCCCCCAAUGCCCCCCUCAGCUGUGGCCCCAUAUGGGAAAUGUGCGGCCUCCCCCAUCCCCACCUUCCAGCCCCCAGCUCCCUACAAACCAAGCUCUCCCCCAGCUUCCUCGGCUGCCCCUUUCCGGGCUGCAACCCCCCCAGGCUACCGGGUAGCAUCCUCCCCUGUAGCCAGUGCCUACAAGGCCGCCUCACCCACCCCACCUGCCCCACCACUGCCAGGGAGCUUAGCCACCCCAGCCCCACCACUGCCUCUCAGCGCUGCCCAGAUCAAGCAGGAGCCAUCAGAGGAGUAUGAGCCCCCAGAGAGCCCUGUGCCACCUGCUCGCAGCCCCUCACCACCACCCAAGGUGGUGGAUGUGCCAAGCCACGCCAGCCAGUCGGCCAGAUUCAACAAGCACCUGGACCGUGGCUUCAACUCCUGCUCCCGCACAGACUUGUACUUUGUGCCCCUUGAUGGCUCCAAGCUGGCCAAGAAGAGGGCAGACCUGGUGGAGAAGGUGCGUCGGGAGGCUGAGCAGAAGGCUCGGGAGGAGAAGGAACGAGAACGGGAACGGGAGCGAGAGAAGGAGCGGGAGCGGGAGAAGGAGCGAGAGCUGGAGAGGAGCGUGAAGAUGGCCCAGGAGGGCCGGCCGGUGGAGUGCUCCUCCCUGGGGCCCGUCCCCCACCGCCCUUCCUUUGAGCAGGGCAGCGCUGUGGCAACUGUGCCCCCCUACCUGGGCCCCGACACCCCGGCCCUGCGCACACUCAGCGAAUAUGCCCGGCCCCACGUCAUGUCCCCCAGCAACCGCAACCACCCUUUCUACGUGCCGCUGGGUGCCAUCGACCCAGGUCUGCUGGGCUACAAUGUGCCGGCCAUCUACAGCAGCGACCCAGCCACACGGGAGCGGGAGCUGAGGGAGAGGGAAGCCCGAGAGAGAGACCUGAGGGACCGGGACCUGCGUGAGCGCCUCAAGCCAGGGUUUGAAGUCAAGCCGGCUGAGCUGGAGCAGCUCCACGCCGUGCCAGCCGCUGCCAUGGAUCCAUUCCCACGCCACGGUGGGCUCAGCCUGCAGACGGCCCCCGGUCUCCAUCCCGCCUUUCCCUUCCACCCAGGGCUUGGCCACUUGGAGAGGGAGAGGCUGGCGCUGGCAGCUGGCCCCACUCUGCGUCCUGACAUGUCUUAUGCUGAACGCCUGGCGGCUGAGCGCCAGCAUGCCGAGCGGGUGGCUGCUCUCAGCAAUGACCCACUGGCCCGGCUGCAGAUGCUCAAUGUGACGCCUCAUCACCAUCAGCAUUCCCAUAUCCACUCCCACCUCCACCUCCACCAGCAGGAUGCCAUACAUGCAGCCUCAGCUUCUGUCCACCCUCUGAUCGACCCCCUUGCCUCGGGAUCGCACCUCACUCGGAUUCCAUACCCGGCUGGCACCAUCCCCAACCCUCUGCUCCCUCACCCUCUCCAUGAGAAUGAAGUGCUGCGCCACCAGCUCUUUGCUGCUCCCUACAGAGACCUGCCGGGAUCUCUCUCUGCGCCCAUGUCAGCAGCACACCAGCUGCAGGCCAUGCACGCGCAGUCGGCCGAGUUGCAGCGCCUGGCUCUGGAGCAGCAGCAGUGGCUCCAUGCUCACCACCCUCUGCAUGGAGUGCCACUCCCCACCCAGGAGGAUUACUAUAGUCACCUGAAGAAAGAAAGUGAUAAACCCCUUUAAAUUGACUCCAGCUGUCAACACGACAUCCCCAUGUCUUUCUGUGAAUCAACCAAAUCCCAGGGGAGGGGAAGCUGCAGUGAUGCGUGUCGAUCCUACCCUGCAGCACACUGCAAGAAAGGAUUGGACAGAGCUAUGGUAUAUAUGGCAUCCUGGGAGCAGAAUGGGGAGGAGAGCACACAGGGAGGGACUGCAGCAACACCAGUGAUGGACUUGAAAGGAUCUGUCCACGAUUUCAGCAGAGCUUUGGAGGAAUUCAGAUCUGCAUCACAAAGAACUGGAAAAGAUCAGCACUGUUGGGAAUUCAAGAUGGCAACAGCAACUGUGUUAAAAAGAAAAGGACACACAGGACUUCAUGGACACAGUGCCACCCUUCCUGCUUCUGUGAGCAGGAGCUGCAGCCACGAUGCACCUCCAAACCCAGCGGAGCCUUUCUUCUAUCUGCCUCCUCCUCCCCCACACCGUAGGUGUAAGGUACUGCAUAGCGAUGCCCAAAAGCAACGUGGAACUGGUUGAGAUGAGCCCGAGCAGCCUCUCAUUCUCCAGCCUCCCUUCAGAUGCGAGCAGUGCAUCCCUGGACCCUUGAUACACAGCACUGCUGCCAAGGCAGCUCUUUGCUGCUGGGUACUGAGCACUGGCCAUGCUUCCCCUACACUUCAUGGACAGCCAUGGCCCUGCAGCUGCCCCUUGGUCCCAGUGCCAGCCCUGCCCCAGUGGCACCCCCGCCCCCCCCCCUUGGUGUACUUUGCCUCAUGCACAUCCUAUUAGACGUGGCAGUUUGAUGUAGCAACGUGUGCCCCCUUCCCCCGCGUGCGUGUCCGAUCUCACGGUUGUAUAACCCGAGCGCUCCCCAUAUAUAUAUAUUUACUUAACCAUUAAAAGGAAAAGGAAACCCA